GGCUCGGAGCGGGGUGCGGCCGCCGCAGCGUGGAGAACGGGAGGUGACGGUGUGGAAGUAGUGCGGAUAGCGGCAUCAUGCGUGAGAUCGUGCACAUCCAGGCCGGGCAGUGCGGCAACCAGAUCGGCGCUAAGUUCUGGGAGGUCAUCAGUGAUGAGCAUGGGAUUGACCCCACCGGCAGCUACCAUGGGGACAGUGACCUGCAGCUCGAGAGGAUCAACGUGUACUACAAUGAAGCUGCUGGUAACAAGUAUGUCCCCCGUGCCAUCCUGGUUGACCUGGAGCCCGGCACAAUGGACUCGGUGCGCUCCGGCCCCUUUGGACAGAUCUUCCGACCUGACAACUUUGUCUUUGGUCAGAGCGGGGCCGGCAACAACUGGGCCAAGGGGCACUACACCGAAGGCGCUGAGCUGGUGGACUCUGUGCUGGACGUGGUGAGGAAGGAGUCGGAAAGCUGCGACUGCCUGCAGGGCUUCCAGUUGACCCACUCUCUGGGUGGCGGCACCGGCUCGGGGAUGGGCACCCUCCUCAUCAGCAAGAUCCGGGAGGAGUACCCCGACCGCAUCAUGAACACGUUCAGCGUCAUGCCCUCUCCCAAGGUGUCGGACACGGUGGUGGAGCCCUACAAUGCCACCCUUUCUGUGCACCAGCUGGUGGAGAACACGGAUGAGACCUACUGCAUCGACAACGAGGCCCUGUACGACAUCUGCUUCCGCACACUCAAGCUGGCCACCCCCACCUACGGAGACCUCAACCACCUCGUCUCGGCCACCAUGAGUGGCGUCACCACCUCACUGCGCUUCCCCGGGCAGCUCAAUGCUGACCUGCGCAAGCUGGCUGUCAAUAUGGUGCCCUUCCCGCGGCUGCACUUCUUCAUGCCGGGCUUCGCCCCGCUGACCAGCCGCGGCAGCCAGCAGUACCGAGCCCUGACGGUGCCCGAGCUGACGCAGCAGAUGUUCGACUCCAAGAACAUGAUGGCUGCCUGCGACCCCCGCCACGGCCGCUACCUGACGGUGGCUGCCAUCUUCCGUGGCCGCAUGUCCAUGAAGGAGGUGGACGAGCAGAUGCUCAACGUGCAGAACAAGAACAGCAGCUACUUUGUGGAGUGGAUCCCCAACAACGUGAAGACGGCCGUGUGUGACAUCCCCCCACGUGGGCUCAAGAUGUCCGCCACCUUCAUAGGGAACAGCACGGCCAUCCAGGAGCUGUUCAAGAGGAUCUCGGAGCAGUUCACGGCCAUGUUCCGGCGCAAGGCCUUCGUGCACUGGUACGUGGGGGAGGGCAUGGAGGAGGGGGAGUUCUCGGAGGCGGAGAGCAACAUGAACGACCUGGUCUCAGAGUACCAGCAAUACCAGGAUGCCACUGCUGAUGAGCAGGGUGAAUUUGAAGAGGAAGGAGAGGAGGAUGAGGCUUAAGUUCCCUCUAAUCUGAAGAACUUCUCUAAAGCUGGCAUGUGUAUGGAAUGAGUUUUGAUAGUAGUGGUAAAGCAUGUUCUUUAGAUGCUGUGUACCCAAUUAUCCUCUUUGCACUUGUAACUUUGACAGGUUUUAUCAAUGUAACAGUUCUGAAUCCCAAGUUAUUACAAUGUUCUUUUUUGUCCUUUAUAAUGUUAAGAGCACAUAAAGGCAUGCAUUCUA